AUGGCGAGGGAGAAGAUCAAGAUUAGGAAGAUAGACAACACGACCGCGAGGCAGGUUACCUUCUCAAAGCGGCGUAGGGGCCUUUUCAAGAAGGCGAAAGAGCUGGCCAUACUCUGUGAUGCCGAAGUGGGGGUGAUCCUCUUAUCCUCCAACGGCAAGCUCUUCGAAUAUUCCAGCAACAGGUGCAGAUCCUUUCCUUUUAGGCCCUUUUCCAGCUCUCUCUGUGUCUGACACUCUCCUAUUCGGUCUUGCUUUCUCCCUUUCCUGCCGCAUCCUCAUACGGCGGUCCAUAUCCCGUACGCGUGGGUGCAAGUGUUGUAGUUUAUCGCAUGCUGGUUGUGGAAUCUUCCUCACUCCUCUCUCCAUCCUUAUCUUUCUCAGUCGGAGUCGUAGUUUUUUCUUUGCUUGUUGUGGUUUUCGUGACAAUGGAAAACUAGGGCUCUCGAACGGUGUGGAAGAGAGGAGAAACACCGAGGAGAGUGGAAACCAGGGGACGCAUAGAAUGAGGAGGUUCUGAACGGUGUGCACGCUUGCAUUAAUUGGUUGAUUGAUAGAUAGAUAAAGAUAUGGAUAGAUAAGUCGCAAGAAAGAGAGAGGGAGAGAAGAGAGAGCAAGUAGGAGAGAGAGAGAGCUACGGAGAAUAGCCGAACGAAGACGACCGAACCUAGAGCGUGGAUGAUGAGAACAGCGGUUUGCGUAUACCUUAACUUUUAUCCAUAACUAACAGGUACGAGUAGGCUGUGGCUUUGUCCCAUACAGGAUGAAAACAGAUUAGGCCACAACUUGCUGUUUCCUUGACAAGGUUUUAAGAUAUGGAACUGUGAGUGUACUUAAGUCGGCUAGUUUGUCUCACUAGUAGUGAACAUUUUUCGUGUAAUUUAUCAUUUGAACUCAGAUUAACCUUAGCCUUUGUAACCCUUACCUCGGAUGAAGUUUUUUCCGGUUCUAGGUGCAUUAUCUCGUUAAUGAGUAACAUAACCGUGAUUACCUUUCUUUCUAUUGGCAACGGAGUAGUGAGUUCUUCAUAGGAUGGCCACGUUAUGAAUUAUUUCGGUUGCUUUUCUACGGCCAAUCAUGACCGAUCCGUUUUGUUAGAUGCUACUGUUCUAUGCUUCCAAAAACUAGCCUUUUUCUUAUAACUUUUUUUUUUUUUUUUUCUUAUAACUUACAUAUUUCUCACUAAUCAUUUAUGUUUAGAUUAUGGUAAUUGAAACACGUUAAGAUGAGGUACUAAACUAUAGUCAGAUGGGUCUACCUUUCAUUGGGCUGGCCCUCGUGAAUAGGUUCUUGGGGAUUGUUCCCAAUGAGUUUUCUUGUGCCUUCGUGUGUUAAAUUUAAUCCCCCGGUUGGGUUGGGUUCCAUUCUUGUUCUACUGCUAUUGUUCUUCAGUUAUCACAUGGGCUUGCAUUUAUGGAAUUACACUAACACAAUUUUCAGUGAUCGUUAAUGCGUAGGAAGGAGUUCAUAAUUGCAGAUUAAUGGCAUUCAGUGUUCUUUAAGUUGCACUCAAUUGGCUUCAUACUAUUGCUAAUAAAGAUAUUGGUGAAAAUUCGAACCCUAGUAAUCAUCAGUUCUUAUUUCCGUAGGAUUGAUUGAAGAGAAUAAAAAGAUCAAAAGAAUUCGAGCAAGGUUAUUAGGACUUCUAUGCUUGUCAAGGCCAGACAUAUUGUUUCAUUUUUUGGCUUUCUAUCGGGCAUAAAAACUCAGAGGCAUUAAGUGCUGUUGUUCCAUGGCCUUGUUCUUCUACUAUUUCUACCAGAUGACAAUGCCCACCUUCAGAACAAAGUUUUUUAUUUUUCAUUUGAAGUAAAUUAGCCAGUUGAAAAAUUGGUUAAAUUGGCCUUGAAUUGCAGAGCCCAACUGGAGUCAUCAAGUCAUAUGAAAGAGAGAACGCAAUUGUUAAGCAUCCUGAUCACUGAUUGAGAAUAGAAUACAAUCUACUAGUAUUAUUCUGAUGGUUGAUUAGAUCAUAGCACGGUAUUGGCUAUAUAUUUUUCGCCAAAGAGUGUGGAAACUUACGUUUCGGUGUUAUUCUAUGCUUAAUAAGGGCAAGUUUUCUACACAAUGAAUAGCCAAAUCUGAUUAUUUCCAGUCUUUUGAGAAUAUAUCUGCUAAAUACAAUUUAUGAGCUACAUUUUAUGUGCCAUAUUUUAGAAGAGAAUAUGGGCUUUAGUGAAGCUAAGUUUCUGCAUGAGGUGUUUAUGUUGGAUUACUGAAGGACAUGCCAUAGUGUCAUGAAAGCGAAAAAGUGUCAUUCAUAUUUGCGACUUACUACAAUUUCAAAGUGCUCAUCAUUGCAUUCUUAUUUAAAAUGUCAAAGUGUGAUAGCCUCAACAGCGAAGAACAGCUUUGAGGUGAGAGCUUGGAAGAUAGGUAGUUUAAUCAGUUACACUAAUCAGUUUCUUGUAAAUUUUCUUAGGAUUUUGUGAAACAGCAUAAGAUGCAAUGAAGGCCUUGACUAUUGUAUCCUUGCUCACAUAUUGUAUUUCCUAUUUUAUUUGAAGUAUGAAGGCAAUAAUCGAAAGACAUAACAAGUAUUCACGGGAUGAUGUGAAAUCGGUGCGGCCAUCUCAUGAUCACUGUGUAAGUCUUCAUGCGCCAUGCUUUUGUGAGUUUUCUGAUGUAGCGAAUGGUGUGUGGAAUAUUUUAGCCUUGAAUCCACAAGGCAGGAAUCUUGAACUCGGAAUCCUGAAUCCGUGGGACUUGGAAUCUUCAAUCCUUAUAUCCACAGUGAUUAACUAGGGCGACCCUUGAAUCUACACUCAUCACGCAUACUGUUUUAUUUUGUUUUAGUCUGUCCAUCCUUCCGUUCUGAAUUUGCAAGUCACUGGUACCCAUUUUUCUUGCCUUCAUAGGUUAAAGGUAGCAUCCGUGGAUCACUAAGCAAGGACGUUUUGGAGUCAAGGUUACAGCUCAGGUAUGCCUUUCCUAUAUGACUGAACGCAAGAUGUCUGUGGGUUGCUCAAACCAGCUCUUCAUCUAAUUUUUAGGCAAAUGAAAGGGGAAGAUAUUGGAGGACUAACACUGGAAGAGCUUCAGAACUUGGAGAAAGCACUUGAGAUCGGACUGUGCCGAGUUCUCACGAGAAAGGUAGGUGUGUGAUCUAUUCCGGUAACUUUGAAGGUAUCUACGGCAGAUCUUAUUUUACGGCGACUUCUACUUCCCAGGGUCAGCAAAUGGUCGGAGAAAUAAAGGAACUACAGCACAAGGUCAGUAAAUAAAUGCAAUCUGCCUGUUAGUUUAGCAUUUCUUCAAUUUCUUCCUAUUUGUGAGCAAAUGUGAAACCUAUGAAUCGGAUGUCGCAUACCUGGAUCUUCUAUUAGUUAUACUGUAGUUCCUGGCUUCUCAGAUUUAUACGCAGUCCUUCAGUCUCUUGGUCACCAUUUCGUUCCUUAAUGGAAGCCCUGACGCACAGCUGAACAUAGGCCGUUUCCCAUUCCUGGAAAGCAACUGGUCUCCUGCGCUGUAAAAGUAAAAGAGGGAGGAAUCAGAGUCGGAAAAUCGUUGGCAGUUCCCCCCCUGCCUUUUUACGUCUAACUAGAGGACGGAGCACUGCAUGAUCGAUAUAAUAUAUGGCUAAUUGGCCAGCAUUUUCAAUGUCUCACCAGCACACUGACAUGAUCGCAGGCCUAUCAUCUCUACAUUCUAAUCGUCUCUCUGGCGUGAUCUCUCAUGUUAGACCCACCUUUUCUUCAACCUUUUUGUAGAGGUACAGAGAGGCAUUACCUGGUAAAGAACCGCAUAAUAACAUGAAAGAGGUGUUAAACCUGACGUAAAAGCAGCAGUCACCUUUGUUGAAGUUAAUGAAAGAGGCAGACAUUGAACACCAACUUGAGUUUCAAUGAGCACUGGAGGACGCCAGUAACGCUGGGAUAGGUAGUAGGCACCAGAGCUUAGGCAAAAUGCAGUGAAAGCCCGUCUUGAGUGCAGAGUAGAGGACACCAGCGUCUUACUAGUAGAGCACAGCAUUCAGGCUAGAUUGCCACACAUAAGUUUUCAUUGAUGAAGCAGAUAGUUACUUCAUGGUCUGGAGUAAUAGACAUCACGGCAGUAAAAGGUGGCACUCGUGCUGUAGUAAUAUCCGCUGAAGUUAAACUUGAGCGUAGUAUGUGGCAGCAGAGGACAGAGUAAAAUAGUCUCGAUAGCUCUUCUUGUCACCCUGGUUGUUUAUCCUGAAGAAGACUCUCAAAGAAUAGCAGACGGAGAAUCUAUUGGUCAUGGGUAUCUCGGAGUUGCUCUCACCGUGGCACUUUAGGUCGGUAGACGAGAGGAAGAGACGAAUGACGUCUAGGACCUUGGGGACCACGGUUGGAAUCUCCAGCCGUGGAAUCGCGACCGUUGGCAACAGAGACGUUCUUGAUGAGUAG